GUGUGCGCUGCCCCGGAAGCGCUCCCGCCGCGUCGCCUGCGGGAACAUGGCCGAGUCGGCGGAGGAGGUGGCGGUGCUGGUGCAGCGGGUGGUGAAGGACAUCCGCAACGCCUUCCAGCGGAACCCACACAUAGAUGAAAUUGGAUUAAUACCCUGCCCUGAGGCCAGAUAUAACCGGAGCCCUAUUGUCCUGGUACAAAACAAGCUUGGUGUGGAGAGCUGGUGUGUGAAGUUUCUUUUGCCAUAUGUCCACAAUAAACUUCUCCUCUACAGACAGAGAAAACAGUGGCUGAACAAGGAUGAGCUGAUAGAUAUCACAUGUACCCUGCUACUGCUGAACCCCGACUUCACCACUGCUUGGAAUGUGAGGAAAGAAUUAAUACUGUCUGGCACUUUAAAUCCACUUAAAGAUUUGCAUCUUGGAAAACUGGCGUUAACCAAGUUUCCAAAGAGUCCAGAAACAUGGAUUCAUAGACGAUGGGUGCUGCAACAACUAAUUCAGGAAAGCUCCUUGCCCAGUCUUGCAACUAAAGGAAACUUGGGAGCAGUACCUGUGGAGAGGAUUCACCGACUAGUGCAGGAGGAAAUGAAUGUCUGCUCUGAAGCUGCUGGGAGAUAUCCAAGCAACUACAAUGCCUGGUCCCAUCGCAUCUGGGUUUUACAACAUUUGGCAAAACUCACUGUCAAGGUUCUCCUUGAUGAACUUUCAUCCACUAAAUAUUGGGUAUCCAUGCAUGUCUCGGACCAUAGUGGAUUUCAUUACCGCCAGUUCUUACUCAGUUCCUUGAUACACAGAACAGUGACUGACAAAAACAUACAGGUAGAAAAUCAAGUGGUAAAUGAACAAAAUCCUAGCCUUCAGAAGGACGAAGAGAGUGCAGGGACAGAAGCUGCGUGUGCAGAGGAGCAAAGCGUGGAUCUUCCCCACCAUUUAGAUGAAGAGAUGGAACUCUGCAGUGAACUGAUUGAUAAUUACCCAGGGCAUGAAACCUUGUGGUGUCAUAGAAGGUGUGUAUUCUACCUUCAGCAGCACUUAAGCAACAAACUUCCUCUCAUGAGUACAGCGGUAUCAUCUGUGGACAGCAGUGAUGAAAGUCUGAGUAAUUCCCACCACAGUCCUGCAACAAGUCACGUGGCACAAGCUAUGGAUGUUGAUGGUUUGAAUGAAUCCAGCAGCAAACAAGGUUAUACCCAAGAAACAAAACGCCUGAAGCGUGCUCCUGUGCAGGACUCUCUUGGUCCAGAAAUGGAAUACCAGUUUGUUGAUAAAGUAUUAUCAACUUGUAGGGAUGUGGACCAAGCCAGGUUUGCUACUGCUUAUAGAAAAUGGCUAGUUACUUUUUUAGGUCAGUGAAGGAAAUGUUGAAAGCUUUCAGGGUUCUUCUCUUAGUGCAAUAUUCACUUUUCAGACACAAAUGCAUGUCUUGGUUGAAAGUGUUAGCUAACUCUGUGUUUCUCUCUCUUUUGAUGGUCAGUCCUAAAGCUAAAUUUCAGAGUAGACAUCUGUCACUUUAUUAAAGAACUGGCAUACAUUUUUAUUAAGCAAAUGGUUUUGUUACUUAAUCUCUCAAAGAAAUCACUCUUACCAGUUUCCUACCAUGUAAUCAUCUUUUUUUUUUUUUAACUUCUGCAUUGAGUUGGUCUCUAAAUCAUUUGAAUUUAAAAAAAAAGAGGUAAAAGAAAAAAGUUUGAAAUGCUUGUGAAACAGAGUUUCUGAAAAAAUGGGAGAAUCUAUCAGUAUCAGCUAAACUUGUUCCCAGUUUGUUCCUGUAUGGCAUCAUGCUAAUACCUUAUUGGAUCCAGACUAUAUUUGAUGAGUGCUAUUGUUUUUGUAUAGCAGUCUUUGGUAGAACACCAGAAUACAGUGUUUCUUUCUGAGGGCUUCAGUAACUGUUUUGGAACUGUGAUGCCUUUUACUGUUUUGGUUUUUGUUUGCUUAUUAAUUGUCAUGUUAGCUUAAUAGGCAGGUCUAUAAGGUUGAAAUCUUGAUAAGCAGAUACAGGAAAAUGUGGCAGAAAAAAUAGUUUCAACCACAGUCAGAGCUGUAUUUGGCUGUAUUUGUCAAUUUGUCUUAAAACUAUGACUACUUAAUCUCAACAACAAAAUCACACUGAUACACAUUUCUGAAUAUCUUUUUUACAACUACAGAUUCUCACACUGCCAAAUCACACAUUGUUAACUUGUACUUUAUCAAGACCCUACAAGUCAAUAUUGGAUGGAGUAAAACGUAGCUCUUCCAACUGAUGAUUGAGACUAUACAGUUAAUAAAAACAGUGACAGCAAGGAGGGAGCUAACCCUUCCCUUCUGUGUUUUUUUUCUUUUUUUUUUUUAAGAGCUUCAAAUCUCUGUUGUGUGGGUUUUUUUUCCCAAUUUUAUUCUUAAAGAAGAGCUUCUACUCCAACCGUACAUCUCUGUUUACAUAACUGAAAUUUUUAAGGGAAUUUGAAAUCAAUUAUGAAUGGGUGUAUUUGUAAUUCCUUAGAAUUGUCUGUAAAAGGGAUUUUUACACUAGUAGAAUUGUGCUGGUACACAGAUCCAGGGAAAAGGUCCUACAGUAGAAGUCUAUUACAGUUGACAACAUCACCUCUUUUAAAAGCAGACUAUUUUCUGAAGGGGAUUAGAUUUUCAAGUUAGUGUCCUUGCCAUAAUUUCUUUAUUUGUCUUCGGCCCCAAAUGCCUCUUGACCAUAAGUUUAAAGAUACUGUUUCUGUUGGGCAGAGAGAGAAACAAUGAGGCAGGAAAAAACAGACGUAGCCUGCUCAAAAGGUAUCACUUUGAAUCAAAAAAACACUCAAAAUGUGAAGUUCCUACACUUCUAAGUAGUUAGAUGAAUGGAGUUUACUCUUACAUUUCAAAAUGAAAAACAGGACCACCUGCAAGUCUUUAAGAGUAUGUUCAUGAUUCAUUUCAGGCACAAAGUAGCUAAAAAUGACAUUUUCUAAAAGCACACUGUUCUAUUUACAGUACAUAGAUGAGACUAUUCUAGGCUUGAGCAUCUCCGUGUCAAAGCUUUGUUUCAGAGGGCAUCCACACCUGCAGGUAUAUACUGGUAUACGUAGGUAUAUGUCUUACAUGGUCAUUAGCUUUGAGGUGCUAUGAGAUGCUGUGGUGUUUUGGUGAUGGUUUUAGUUGCAGAAGAACAUAAUUGUUGUCUAAAGGAGCCGUGGGAUUGGCUUGAGACUACGAUUUUGUCAUAAGAUGUUGCCUCAGUGAUCACUGACAAAUGGGUGGGUUCAAGUACAAACAGGAGUCUGAACUUAAAAUUUCGCUUGAGCAAAGAACUUUUACACAUCCCAAGGGACCUGAUGUUGAGUGAAUGCAGAUGAUACAUUAAAGUAUGUAAUAGCCUCGGUUGGCUUGAUUAACAGUAUUCCCAUUAAUGACCCAUAUGAACCUGGAAAGUGUGAAGUCAAGGGGGGCAGUGUACUAAAGGUCAGGUUCUUAGUCUUAAAUUACUUAGUAAUGUUAUUUGUGUGUUCUGUUUACCUUGGCAAAAUUUAUCUGUUUAUGAGAAAAAUAUUAGUGAUAGGAGCAAUCUCAGAAGUGGGGGCAUGAUAGGAAACAUUUCUUGACCUGUGGAAGGGAAGAGAUUCUCUCUUCUUGCACUGGAAAGACCGAGGCUUUCAGAAGAAAAUACUAUUAUUAUUAGAAUCUGACUUGAAACUUCUUCCAGACUAUAAUCUGGAGUCUUAGUUGGCAUUCUCAGAGCUGUACUGUGGAAGUUCUGUGUUUUUGAACUUGGCAUCAUAAACAUUUAAGCAGGUGCCCUCAUAUACAUGUGUAGAGUUGUUAUUCAAGUCAGUACAAGUGAUGCAUUCUUGCAGGAUAACAAGAUUUUGUCCUAUGUAAUUGAAUAGAGUUGCAUUGAAUUUUAGUACUUGGAAUAUGUUCUGAGAACUCUGAUUAGAGAUGGUGCUGAUAUUCUUACUGGUUUUGUAAAACACUGAUGGCUGUAGUGUAACUAAUAAGUGUGGGUUUUUGAAGUCUGCACCUCAUGGAAGUAUUCCUCUACACUCUGUUUUUUAAAUCCAGCUAGAAUAGUUACAUUUAGAAAUGUUUGUAGACCCGAAAACAAAACAGUGAAAUUGAAACAAGUAAUUUAUUUCUGUUUGAAGGAAAUGCAAACAGUAAGUUGUUAAAUUUGAGCUUUAAGUUUUUAGCAGUAACUAUAUAAAUUAUAUUAAAAAGGAAAAUAAUAUCUAAAUUGCUUUGAACUGUCAAUGUCCUGAAGCCUCUGCAUGAAUUGAUUAAAGAGGUACUUCUAACAUACUGUAUUAAGUUCAAAACCGAUGUGAAGUUCUGAAACUAUGAUCUUUGCAGCAUACCUGUCUAACCACUUGGUGUUACUGCAUGGUACCAUCUGGGCAGUGCUUGAAAGAAAAAGUGGCUUUAGGCCACUGGUAGGUAACAUACUGAGCGCAGCUACUUUACAUAAGGCAUUUAAGCCGUUUUGUGUUUCAGAGAUCAAAGACUAAUAAAUUAGUCAGUGAACAUUCCUGCAGAGAAAAUGUCCAGCAGAAGCUGCAAAAUUCAAGGUUCUCACUCUCUGAAGUUUCUUCAAUUAUAAAAUCAAACUCUGUACAUCUUUAAACAUCUUAAUGUAAAGUUCAGCAUCUUUCCUGAUUUUGUCUUCAGCUGUAGUAUGUGUCAUUUGAAUUGAUUCAUUUUGUUCACUGGAUUAGUCUUUGUAGAAAUUUGUUUGUACUAGAAAAAAAGGGUUUUGAGGAACAAAUGUAAUUUAAAACUACAGAAUUCGGAAUAGAAAACCCACAUUUAAAGUGGCAAAUUCUCAGCUGCUAAAUACAGUUACUGUUAUUUCACUGGCAUUAUGUUUGUCUUGUGCAUUACAGCUCUUGGAGAAACAUGAAGCAUUAAAGACAGCUACAAUAACUUGUAUGAAGUCGUUGGAAUGCAUUGUUAUAGCUGCUCUGGUUAAUAUUCUUAAUGUACUCAUGUCUGCAUAUUUGUGUUUUAUUGACUGCUUACAUAUUCUUUAUACAACAAAAUCCAUGUGUCAUUUAAAUAGGGGAUAAAGUAACUUGUCGGUUUAUACUAUUUGUUAAUUACCUUGUAUGUAAUUUGCUUUAAAACAAAUAAGCAAAGUGAUAAUAUAGUGAGAAAGCUUAGAUUUUUGUCUUAUAAUGGAAGUUUCUGGCAUUUCCAGUUUUAUUCUAGUGCUGCUUAGAAUGUGUAGCUAGACUUUAUGGAUGGGAGUGAUUUUUUUCCCUAAGUAGAUAGUUAAUGAAUUUUUUAAACAGUACUGUGUAAUAUUGAUGAACAGAAAGAAAGGGUUUUGGAAAAGUUUGUCUGCAUAACCAGACUCAAAAAGCAUACUUUUUUCAAGGACAUAUAAUACACUGAGCAAAAUGUGAGUACCAGAGAAUAAUUUAAAUUGUGAGUCUUUAGAGAUUUGAUGAUUAAAUUUUUGGACAAGUUGUUUGCUUAGUUUUGUUUUGCCUUUUGUAAGGGAAGAAUGCUUUUUGGUUUUUUUGGUUUUUUUUAAUCCAGUAAGAAGUGAACCAUUGCACUUAGAAAAUGGGGAGAAAAGCCCACAACUGCUGAAUUGUAUCUCAUAGAGCAAUUUUGGAAAAAACAACGAACUGACACUGAAACAUAGAUGUCACUUCAAAAUGCAUCUUUGCACUCACUGGAUGAUGAGAGAUACAUGUAACUAGAUCUUACAAUUUUAUCAGUGUCAGGUACAAAGAAUAGUGUGUAACUCGCCAAUUCUCAAAUGCACUUAAUAUUCAAGUUAGUUUCUAAGGAAGUUCAGUGUCCCUGCCUAUGAUAAUUUUCCCUGUGUACUCAGAGGUAUCUUCCUUCUCUCUUCUUCCAACUAGCUAAGAAGAAUCUAGCAAAGCAUUGGUGAGGUGGCCUAAUUUUGCGUUUGAGUAACUCUUACUACCUCCCAAAAAGUACUUUAACUGAUGGCCAUAAGUGGAGUUCAUCAGGCUCAGUUAUUUCAAAACCUCAUGCUAAGCCUAGAUCCUCUUUCAGACAUGAAAAGCGAGAGCUUUAUCAACUAAUCUAUCAAGUUUUCCGGGGAGAAUUUGAAGGAGAAUGGAAAAAAAAAUUGUAGUUAGAAAAACUAGAACUAGCAUAAAUUUUCAUUUGUCUUUUCCUCUGAAGAAAUAACUCUGUUGCUGAAUAAUGGAGGAAAUAUGCUUCCAAGGGAUUCCAUAUAUUACAGUUUUGAACUGCAGACCUGAUACUUCCUAGUGGCUUUUGCUUAGUAUAUAAUGUUCCUUCUCAGGGCAUAGUCUAUUAUAGUGAAUUAGGGUGCAUUUUUAAAGUUUAUAAUUAUUGAUUAAAAAGGAAAAAAAAAAGAUAAUCAUGUAACUGGCUUUUAAUUACUUUUUUUUUUGUCUAGCAUGGUAUUUUAUAAUCUACCCACAUGCCAACAUUGUACCCAGCAAUGUACAGUAGGCCUCACUAUCUCAUCUGCUUCAUACUGUUAUUCUGUUGAAUUGCUGUUGCAGUCUUGCAGGAAGCUCCUGACAGUUGUUGGUUUUAUUCUCUGAGUUUCCUAGUAGUAUUCAGUAAAGUAGUUAGUAUUGCAAAUUAUGUUGUAAUGAUGGGGAAGGUUUUUACAGCAUUUGUGUUGAUGCACUGUAAGUCUGAGAUUCAAUAUUUAAAAACCUUUUGUUAGGAUUCUGAAUGCUAAAUUUUUUUUGAUGGCUGUCAGAUGCUUACAUGCAACAGAGUUAUUCUGGAAAACAGAACUCUUAACUGAAGUCUGGUUUAUUAAAUGUCUUUUUCUGCACCAUCUGGAACCUGCUGUACAUCAUGCUGUAUAGACAGAGGUGGGGAGAGUCCACAGUGAGGUGCAUAUUUUCUUCACGAGACAUUUUCUGAUUGGAAUAUAAUUAUGGUUAAACAAAGAGCUUUUCUUGGAUGAGAUGCACCUGUCUGUUCAUUGUGAAUAAAUUUAUGAAAUUGGUACAUCAUUAAUAUGGUAAGAUUUGCUGAAUGGCUGCAUGUAAUGAGUAGAUAAAAAGAAUGUGGUUUUUUUUUUUAUCUGCUGUUAAAAAAAAUCACAUGAAUGAUACAAGGUACUAGAAUAUGUUUUUAGAAAGCAAAAUGUACCUACUGUGUUCAUUCCCUUUUGUACGAGUUUUUCUUUUUGAAGUAGCUACAUUUAAAACUGAAAGGUGUACUUGGGAACACACUUAACUUCAUAUAAUCUCAUUAUUUUCAUAUAAUCAAAAUAAUAGAUGUCUUAAAUGUUUUGAAGUAGCAUUAAGAUCCAAGGUAGUGACAGCACUACAGUGUUCAAGUGAGCCAAUAAUCUCUAAUUUUGUAACAUUACUGUGUUCAUCAAAGUAUUAUUCUAUGUAGGGAAAUGUUUAUUUUAUCAAGAUUUGUGCAGAAAUGUUUAAUUCUCAUAGCUUUCUUAUUAGGGGAUAUACAACUAGUUUUGAACAUAAUAUUUUUCAAUAUUUUUUCUAUGAAAAUUUCUCAGAUGCACAGUUGUGACCAUUGUAAAUCUUAUGUAGAUUUUCAAGAUGAAUUAGAUAAAUCAUAAAUUUUGUAGCACAAAGACUAAAAAUAUGACAGGACAGUAAGACUCUAAAAAAUAAUCUGCUAAAUGACCAGUGUUCUACAGGAUAGUGAAUGUAAAGCAUAAAGUUUGUUUUUCGCUGGUCUUUGUCAUAGGAUGCAUUCCUGUCAGAUGGGGAUUAUUGUCUUUUUGGUUUUUUUUUGGGUUUUUGUUUUUUGGUUUUUUUUAGUAAUCAGUAGAGAAUUUAUCUGUGAAUAAAUUAUCUAUAUUUAUUUUCCCACAAUAAGUCUGCAUAUAUGUGUGAGUGGAUGGAUGGUGGAACUGUAAUUAUGUCCUGUGAACUCUGCAAAAAUCAUCUACAUUUGGCUAUCUCCUGACACACUCUGUAUGGAUGACUUGUCCGGAGUCUUGAGUCUAGCAGGGUCAGUGCCAGGUUGUCUGUUGAAACCAGUGACAUCUGUUGCUUCCCCUCUCUGUCUUAAUCUGCCUGAUUAUCAUUAUACUUAGGCAAAUGCCUGCACACACCAACCAAAUCAUUAGUGGUGGUGUUUACUCCAAGUGCUUGUAGAGAGUAUUUGAGACUGUGAAAGAGUUUGUAAGGUCUUGCAAGCUGGGAAAAUUUGGGGGUGCUCAGCCAGUACCCAGGGGAUACUUUUCACAAGUCCUCUGGAAAGGAAAUGGACAGCCAUGUUUUGGAUGAGUGCUUUAGCAUCACAGGAGACUGAGAAAAGUACAACUAGUGACUUAAAUUGUGUUUAAAAACAAACAAGUAGUCUUUUUGGUACUCUAUUUUCAGUAUUUUUCUCACGUUCUUUUUGUAAAAAUAAAUCAUAUAAAAUAUUCUCAGAAUUACUCUUCAUUUUGAGUAUCUUCUGAUUUUGAAUUAUUGGAUUUGAGAGCUUUCCUUAAAGGAAGCAAUUUUACUGCAAAUGCUAGCACCUUUCCUGUUUCCUCUUAGACAAUGUGAUUCAUUGCAAGUCUUAGAAAAUGAGCAUCUGAAAUCACAAGGUGUCACUGAAAGUAUUGUUUAUUAUCCUAAAUGCAAAGAUUAAAAAAGCUUCUCUCAUAUACUUUGUGUUCUUUUUUUCAUUUUCUCUUACUAGCUGCUAGGUAGAAAGAAUAUGUAAGGAAGACCACAGUCAAUAUGAGCAAUCUUGACUUACUUAAUUUGGGUGUUCAUUAGUUCAGUAAGGAGCAAGUAAUAAACCCACUAGGUUCCGUGUAUAGAAGUAAUUUGCAGGAUCUAAUUAUUUGUUUGUGAUCUGAAUGCUUUACUUUACGUCUAUUGAAAUGAGUUUUGAAAUUCCCACCAACUUCAUUGAGAUCAGGCCAUGCUGUGGAGAGAGUUAUCAGCCUCCACCUGAUAGCCAUGACACAUUUAGUGUGAUAAAUUGUAAGGGACUUGUUUGUCUUUCACAAAUGGUUGUGUUUAUGGCUUCAGUUAAAAAAAAAAACCCAAAAAACCGUUAGUAUAGGGUAUAGUCCUUAUCACUGUGGAAAAGGAGACAUUAAGGUUAUGGAAUGUUAGAGGUUUAAAAGGGUAGCUAGAGAAAAACUAAGGGUACUAUAGGGUAUCAGUAGCUAAGGAAGCUUCCUUUUUCCCUCUGUUUUUCCCCCCCCUCUAUUCUCUCCUCUCUCCCUCUUUCCUCCACCUUCUGCCCCAGCUCAAAACUCCCCAUUCUCUCCCCUGCUUUCAUAAUUUUUCAUCUUUUCUAGUGGCAGACAGUUUCAUACAAUAUGCCUGUAUGCAAACCAGGAUAACACUAGUUUUGGAAGUAUUGCAUAUCAAUACCAAAUAGAUACCAGUGCUCAAGGUUUGUGCAAGAUAUUUAGGGAUGACUGGUGAGGUUUUAAGUGCUGUGUGGUAACUGAUGCAAUAUUGAACAGGAAUGUCUUAAUAAAGAGUGGAUGGUCUGAGUGUUGCUGUUCUCCAGGUGUGCUGUCUGCAUUUAUGGUCAACAGUAAACUGCACAUUUGUCAUCCUUCCAUCUCCACAAAUGCUUAUCACUACCUAACAGCUAAUCUACUUUGUAAAAUGCAUCUAUGUAAUGUUGAUUUGAGAAGUUCUGCAAUUAUUUGUUGUCAUCCAGUACUAGAUGACUUCCACCAUGCCUUUAGUCCUCCUUCAUUGAAACCUGGCCAAGUAUAGAUUUUCAUGGCUAAUACAUCUGGUUUUGCUGUGAAGGAUAUUUGAAAUUCCACCAUAUAAAACAGCAUUUUCCUGAUGUCUAUUUAGAAACACAGAAGGGCAUUGUGGCACUGUUUUCCAGUUGCGCACACUGAGUUUUACCUUGUUUAUCUCAAAUAUUUUUUUGCAUGUUAAUUAAAUUUUUGCAUAUUCUAGUAGUACAAAAUGACCUACAAAAUAAAAAAGAGCACCCUUAGAGUUCUAACUAUCCUAUGCAGAUGUCUUCCAAAAUUUACAGGUAUAAUUUUAGUGGUGGUGGUUGGUAAACAGAUUUUUUUCACUUAUUUAUCAGCAGACUUGUUUUUAUAUGUAUUAGUGACAAAAUGGACUAAGCACUGCUGUAAGUUAUUGUAUUUCUGUAGAAAAUGGAAAAUAGUGUAAUAUUGUUUUUGUUAAAUGUUGGCAGUUUAUAAAUAAACUUUUCAUCUCCUAAAAA